AUGACGGCAGACUCCACGCCAAAUGUUGAGCUGCAUGCUUCCAACGAUGUUCUUGGAAAUUCUAUCGACCCAGCCUAUGCGGUGAGCACUCAAACAAUUGUUGGUCCUGAACCGAAAGCAAGAUCGAAUCAACAGCAACCAAAAACUAUGAAGGAGGGUUUCACAGCGAAGCCAGACCGAGUGCGUCCCUCUUCGGGGGAUGCAGUAGAGAAACCAAUCAUUAGAAGCCACCGAGACAAGCGCAAGGAAAAAAGGGGCCGUCGAAGGAGGAAUCGAGCGCAGCAACUCAAUGAUUACAACGAACGGCUCGUUGCUCAGCACACGCACGACGAAAUCAGGAUUCAGCACCUCAAGCGGCAUACUAAGUCACGCUGGCUGCAGGAUGCGGAGUUCUUGGCCAGCAGACUGAAUUCACGCGCACGGAGUGUCUAA